UUGAAUGCACAGGCAGUGCAGUUCCUCCUUAGACAGGAUUUCUUCUGUGGUUUUGAUACUGUGAGACUCCAGACUGAAAAAUAGGAGUGGGAGAGUAGUUUAGGCCCUAGGAUGUAAAACUCCAUGAACUGACUGGAUUAAUGAAUUCAAGCUGUUUGCCAUGUGGUCAGGAACCGAUUCGAGUGGAAUCCUUUGGAUUUGUUUGGGCAUAGGGUUGAUUUUAAUAUUCACUCUGUUUACCUUAAUGGCCUUGUUUAAAUGGAAGCACCUAAAGCAACAAAAACUGCAAAACACAGACUCCUCUGUGGAGCCAAACAACAUUCUCAAGGCUAAUACUGAAAGCAGUGUGAACACAGAAGAAAUCAGACACACACCUCCCAGAGAAACAUUAAUGUAUUCAGUGGAAGAAUGCACUUGCAGUGACUGUGGCUUGGUGAAACCUCAGACUGGCUGUGAAACUUCAUUUCCAUUACCAGCUACUGAAGAACGAGCUACUGUUCUAGUUACCACCAAAUCUUUUGAUUAUUGCAACUAUGUUCUGGGUGUUGGAUGACUGGGAGGGAAGUGUUUUUGUACUGAGUAAUAAUAAAUGAGUUAUUCCAGUAUAGCUGUAAACCUUAAUACUUGCAGUCAGUGGAGAAUGAAGAAUACUUGCAUCAUCCUUGGAGAUCUCCCAUUGUGCUUGCAUUAAUAUUGCCAUUAUUUCUAAUUCUACUAUUUCAUUAGUCAAGUAUUUCUACAGUAACCUCAGACACUCAACUAGUUAUUGGAAUUUUCAAUUUCAGAAAGUCCUUACAUAGGACAGCUUUUUCUGCCUUUAGAGAUUAUACCUACUUACAGCACACAUAUACAAAAUAAACAAGUUUGCAAAUAUGUAUGUUCAUGUUAGACUCAGAUCUUGUGCCAAAAACUACUUGAUGGUACACAGGACUCUUCCAAUAGGCAGAAAUGAAGACCUACAGUACAUCCCCACUCUUGAGUAAUUUCAGCACUUGAAAUAGGAACGUUCUAAAGAUGGAUACCCUGUAGAGUAUGGAGGCCCCUGG